AUGGUAAUGCAGUUUCUGGAGUUAGAAAAUCCAGGUCAAAUUAGUCCUUGUCACAGCUGCACGUCGUUGGGAUUUGCCAUGGAAAUUAUGAGCAUGAAGCCUGCUAAAGGUGUACUAACAGAACAAGCAGCAGGUCCUCUGGGACAGAAUCUAGAAGUGGAACCAUACUCACAAUACAACAACAUUCAGUUUCCCCAAGUUCAACCACAGAUUUCCUCAUCUUCCUAUUAUUCCAACCUGGGUUUCUAUCCCCAGCAGCCUGAAGAGUGGUACUCUCCUGGAAUAUAUGAACUCAGGCGAAUGCCUGCUGAGACUCUCUACCAGGGGGAGACUGAGGUAGUGGAGAUUCCUGUGACAAAGAAGGCCCGACUGGGUGCAUCAGCAGGGAGAAUAAAAGGGGAUGAGCUAUGUGUUGUUUGUGGAGACAGAGCAUCCGGUUACCACUAUAAUGCACUGACCUGUGAGGGGUGCAAAGGUUUCUUCAGGAGAAGCAUUACCAAAAAUGCUGUGUACAAGUGUAAAAACGGGGGCAACUGUGUGAUGGACAUGUACAUGCGAAGGAAGUGCCAGGAGUGUCGACUAAGGAAAUGCAAAGAGAUGGGAAUGUUGGCUGAAUGUAUGUAUACAGGCUUGUUAACUGACAUUCAGUGUAAAUCUAAAAGACUGAGGAAAAACGUGAAGCAGCACGCAGAUCAGACCAUUAAUGAAGACAGUGAAGGACGUGACUUGCGACAAGUGACCUCGACAACUAAGUCAUGCAGGGAGAAAACUGAACUCACCCCAGAUCAACAGAAUCUUCUUCAUUAUAUUAUGGAUUCAUACAGCAAGCAGAGGAUGCCUCAGGAAAUAACAAAUAAAAUUUUAAAAGAAGAAUUCAGUGCAGAAGAAAAUUUUCUCAUUUUAACUGAAAUGGCUACCAGUCAUGUACAGAUUCUCGUAGAAUUCACAAAAAAACUUCCAGGGUUUCAGACAUUGGACCAUGAAGAUCAGAUUGCUUUGCUGAAAGGGUCUGCAGUUGAAGCUAUGUUUCUCCGUUCAGCUGAGAUUUUCAGUAAGAAACUUCCAGCUGGACAUGCUGACCUAUUGGAAGAGAGAAUUCGAAAGAGCGGUAUCUCUGAUGAAUAUAUAACACCUAUGUUUAGUUUUUAUAAAAGUGUUGCAGAAUUGAAAAUGACUCAAGAAGAGUAUGCUCUGCUCACAGCAAUUGUUAUUCUCUCUCCAGACAGACAAUACAUAAAGGACAGAGAGGCAGUAGAGAAGCUUCAGGAACCACUGCUUGAUGUGCUACAAAAGUUGUGUAAGAUUCAUCAGCCUGAAAAUCCUCAACAUUUUGCCUGUCUUCUGGGUCGCCUGACUGAGUUGCGGACAUUCAACCAUCACCACGCAGAGAUGCUUAUGUCAUGGAGAGUGAAUGACCACAAGUUUACCCCGCUUCUCUGUGAGAUCUGGGAUGUGCAGUGA